UUAAAUUUAAAAAAUUAGCAAUUGAUACAUAUUGUAUAAGAGAUUAAAUACAAAUAAGAUCUUACAAAAAACUUCAUGAACAUCCAAAGUGUCAACUUUUAAUUGGGAUGUAGAAAUUUAUCCAAUAAUGAAGUAUAUGUACAAAGAAACUCUAACUAAGAUGUCCUCAUCUGAACAACAUGGAUUCAUAUAAGAUAAAAAAAUUUGUACAUGGGACGUGGUAUACCUUUGUGACAUGGUUUAUUAUUAGAGAAUUCAAACAUUUUAAGUGAAUGUACUAAGUAUUGAGAAUUUUCAAUAUAUAGACACACCACAUACUCACUUAUUAAUACAAAAUAUAAUAAAUUUAGAAGAUCUAAAAUAGUUUAAACAUAUAGAUAAAUUGAAUUAAUGUCAACAAUAAAAUGAAACUCUCCGGCCAACGGGCCGGGUAAAAAGCCAGUAAUUACUUAAUUAGAAUACCUAGCGCUAGCUUGGAAGUUGGACGGAAGAAAACCUGAAAGGAAGGGGAUUAGAUUUUCAGUACAAUUAUAAUUACUAAGGCUUGGUAUUAAAUAUACUCAAAUCACGUAGUAAACCCCUUAUACUAAAUUCCAAAAGGCCCUGCCGAGGACUGCGCAGAAUCAAGGAAAAUUGGAAUGAAGGGGGUUCCGAAAGAGAACAUCCUUAUAGUUAUUGUGAGAUGAGCCGAGUCACUGUCGUUCUAUUCAUGGUCAUUGAUUUUAUUCAUGGUCAUUGAUUUGUGCCUAAUUGUAUACUUUUUAUCCCCGUUUCUUUUUUACGUUUGUUGCAAUUAAGCUCCAAAAGGGGUAGUUUUAUGCUAGGUUUUUUGUGUUUCAGGUGACACCAACCCCAGAGUCGAAAGUUGAAAAAAAGGAGCAAAGACCGGGCAAAGAGUAGGAGACAGCCUGUGUUCACGACCUGCCAUUGGAGUUCACAGUAUCCAGGAUCGUGAACUGGAACCACAACCCUAACCACACACGGUCAUUCGAUCCUUCAAGUCAUAAUUGUUAGCUAGGGGGAGCAACACCCCGGUGAAGCCUUCUCAUUUAGUGUCAAAACCAUUUCAUCUUUGCAAACUUUAGUUUUAGAUCUUCGUUUUAACCAAAACUAUCCGCUAGAUAAUGUUUCAAACAGUCAAAGUAGCGGUACAUGGGUCGGCCCUGGUCGAUAUUUAAACAAGUUUCCCUAUAUUGCAUCCAUCUAAGGUUUAUACUUGGACCUUAGGUGGGAUUUUAUUGUGAUAGUCAAAGCGAGUCAAGUUUUUGGCGCCGUUGCCGGGGAACUUCGAUUCGUUAUCGUGAAAAGUUUGUUUGGUGUUAAUAUAGCUUUUACUUUCAGUGUCAUUAAGUGUGAAGUUUGCUUGUGCUAGAAGUGUUGUGUUCUUUAAGUGUGUGUAGGGAGGUGCAUGAUUCAAAGCAAUCAGGUGCCUUUAACACCACUGGACGAGGACAUCAACCAGACUCUAUGACUUCUAGAUCGAGAGAUGGAGCAAGCGGAGGCAAGAAGGAGAAUUGAAGAGAGGGGAUAACAAGUUGGUCCGGGAUUUGAAGGAAUUGAAGGAUAAGUUGAAGUUGAGAUGGCGGGUAAUCAACACCGAGGGGCUAAACCCUUCCCAAUCCCAAAUGUGGAAGCGGGAGCCGAGGAAGAGCCAAGGACUAUGGGCUAUUACAUGGCUCCACGGGCGGCGGAUAUCCAAUCUCCCAUCUUACAUCCAUCCGUGCCCGCCAAAAACUAUGAAAUCAAGCCCGCUCUUGUUACGAUAGUUCAAAACAACGCCUACUUUCAUGGGCUUGCCAAUGAAUCACCACGAGAGCAUGUCCAACGGUUUCUUGAGCUAGCGAGAAGCUUGAAGAUAAACGGUGUUCCUGAGGAGGCAUUGCGAUUGAGGCUCUUCCCCUAUUCUUUGGAGGGAAAGGCACUCCGAUGGCUCAACAACCGUCCAGCUCUAUCCAUCAUUUCUUGGGACGAUUUACUCAACAAGUUCAUGACCCGAUAUUGUCCUCCUUCCAUGACGCCCGAAUGGAGAAAAAAGAUCACUCACUUCGAGCUAGAGGAGGAUUAGACAUUGAGGGAUGCAUGAGAAAGAUUCUCCGACUACUUCCUUCAAUGCCCUCACCAUGGAUUCGAUGAGCAAUUUCGGAUAGAGACUUUCUAUGGAGGACUCAUUCAAGAUGAUAAGAUCCUAAUAGACUCUCUUUGCCAAGGGAAGUUGAUGAACAUGACCGCAGCUCAAGUGCCCGAGUUGAUCGAAGAUAUGGAUCUCAAAGGAUAUGAUUGGGGCUUGACAAGAAGUGGGAAGAGCAGCACUGAAAGAGGAGUGUGAAUUGUGGGAGAAAGUGCUCCACUUGAAGCGAAGCUUGACAAGUUGAUCGAGGUGAUCCUUGAGGACAAUAAGCAAGGGAAGAGAUCGAUGAUGUCUUGUGAUUGGUGUUCGAGCACUGAUCAUGAAAUUGCGGAUUGGCAAGCGAUGCAGGAGACAAGUACCCCCAAGAAGCAAGUGAGUUUCAUUACCAAUGCUAGAACGGGUUUCAAACACCCGUUGGAGAGUUCGCCAGUUUAAGUCAAACCAGCCUUGACCCAGUCAUGACGGUUGACCCGACAACACAAUUAGAGGUGUCAAUUGGGCAGGUUCUGGUUGAAUUCAAUCUCGUUAUGGGUUAGUAGGGUUUCGGGUUCAUCAGCUUGCGAGUUCGUCGGGUUCGGGUUAGUCGGGUUGCAGGUUAGUCGGGUUGUGGCUUAGUCGGGCUACGGGUCAAUCAGGUUCCGAGUUAGUCGAGUUACGGGUCAAUUGGGUUGUGGGGCGGGCGGGUUGCGGGUUUUUGGGUCAGCGCAUUAAGUUACUUACUUCCUACUCGUAACUGCAAUUUUUCCAUUUUAUUAACCUAUUUUUUUAACAAAAAUUCAUAAGUUUUAGACUAUUUCUUUCCACAUCGUAUAUGUAAUAUGUUAUAUGUAGUUAUUGAAGUUAAAAAAAAUUGAAUCAUGUUGUAUGACUUGCAAACUUGUCAUGUAAUUAAUCGUAAAUCUGUAUAGCACACUAGUUUAUAGUUAUUGAUAUAAACAUUUUUAUUUUUUCAUCCAAUAGUACUAAUCCAACCACAAAUUAUAUAGUGUACAUAAAAAUAUAUAAAUAAAAUUAUGGGGUGGAGGAAAUCUAAAUUUGAGGGAGGAGGAAAUGAGAAAACUUUUGGAAGGAAAUCUAAAUUGGGGAGGGGAAAGUGGGGAGAAAUCUAACUUGUGUGGGAAAGUGGUGUCGUGGACUUUAAUUAUACAUUUGGGGUUUUCAAAACUUAUAUUUUUAUUUAUCUUAAUGUUAGUGAACUUGUUGGGGAGAAAUCAAAAUUGCUACUAUAGUUAAUUUAAAGUGAAAAUCACAUUUUGAUUUUUAGAACAUAGAUUAAAAAGUGGUAUUUGGUAUACACUAACCAUAUACCCUAUACCCUAAACCAUAUACACUAAUACCCUAACCAUAUAUCAUUAUAAGUUAAGAUUUUGCUGCUAUAGUUAAUUUAAAGUGAAAUUCAGACUUUGAUUUUCAAAAUAUAGAUUAAAAAGCGAU